GAUGAGAAGAAUCAGCUGAUGACAACAAACGUGUGGCUCAAGCAGGAAUGGACAGACCACAAAUUACGCUGGAAUCCAGAUGAAUACGGUGGAAUUCACUCAAUUAAAGUUCCGUCAGAAUCUCUCUGGCUGCCUGACAUAGUUCUGUUUGAAAACGCUGACGGACGGUUCGAAGGCUCGCUCAUGACCAAGGCCAUCGUGAAAUCCGACGGGACCGUGGUGUGGACGCCUCCCGCCAGCUACAAAAGCUCCUGCACCAUGGACGUCACCUUCUUCCCAUUCGACAGGCAGAACUGCUCCAUGAAGUUCGGAUCCUGGACUUACGACGGGACCAUGGUUGACCUCGUCCUGAUAGAUGAGAACGUGGACAGAAAAGACUUCUUUGACAACGGAGAGUGGGAGAUCCUCAACGCCAAGGGCACGGCGGGGAGCAGGAGAGACGGCGCGUACCGGUACCCGUUCAUCACCUACUCCUUCGUGCUGCGCCGCCUGCCCCUGUUCUACACCCUCUUCCUCAUCAUCCCCUGCCUGGGGCUGUCCGUUCUGACAGUGCUUGUCUUCUACUUGCCUUCUGACGAGGGGGAGAAGCUCUCCUUAUCCACCUCCGUCUUGGUUUCCCUGACAGUGUUUCUCCUGGUGAUUGAAGAAAUCAUCCCGUCCUCCUCCAAGGUCAUCCCGCUCAUUGGCGAGUACCUCCUGUUCAUCAUGGUCUUCGUCACCCUGUCCAUCAUCGUCACCGUGUUUGUCAUCAACGUCCACCACAGAUCUCCCUCCACUUACCACCCCAUGGCCCCCUGGGUUAAGCGGCUGUUUCUGCAAAAACUUCCUAAAUUACUUUGCAUGAAGGACCACGUGGAUGGCUACUCUUUCCCGGAUAAAGAGGAGAGUAAACGGGCAGUGAGAGGUAAAGUCCUCGAAAAAAGGAAACAAAAGCAGAUUAGCGAUGGAGAAAAAGUUCUGGUCACUUUCCUGGAAAAGGCUGCGGAUUCCAUCAGAUACAUUUCCAGCCACAUGAAGAAAGAGCAUUUCAUCAGUCAGGUGGUGCAAGACUGGAAGUUCGCAGCUCAAGUUCUCGACCGGAUCUUCCUCUGGCUCUUUCUGAUCGCGUCUGCCACCGGCUCAGUGCUGAUUUUCACCCCUGCUUUGAAGAUGUGGCUACACAGUUACCAUUAGGAACAAGUCUCCAGAGCAAUCUAAACCGCACACAUAAAGACAGAAUUACACCCUAGAACUGACAUCCAGCCCCCACGUGUAUACAGCAUCCAGGCGCACGUGCUUAUCAGGAGGCCCCGAGUGCA